GAGAGAGAGAGGGAGGGGGAGAGAGAGGAGUAAUGGCGGCCGGGUAGACGCACACACACACCGACACCUCGUCCACCAGCAGCCGCACUCACCGCAGCCCUCCGGGGGCAACUUCCCUCACACACCGCGGCGGAGCCUGACAACCGGAGCGGACUCACGGGCUUCAGCUGGAAGCGGAUCCGUCCUUGGACCUCUGCUGCCCGGGACUUUCCUUCUCCCCGAGAGAGAGGGAGGAAAACAUGGAUGAGCAGCCCGGCGGAGGAGGAGGGGUCGGAGCGGGCUCUCUGAGGCAGCCUCCACCGCCGCAGCAGCAGCUCCAGCCCGGGGGCAGCGGCAGCGCCAACCCGCAGCUCGGAGGAAUCAUGGUGCCGCACCAGCCGGACGAGCUGCCCCGGCCCCAGCAGCAGUACACCAUCCCCGGCAUCCUGCACUACAUCCAGCACGAGUGGGCCCGGUUCGAGAUGGAGAGAGCGCACUGGGAGGUGGAGAGGGCCGAGCUCCAGGCCAGGAUAGCGUUCCUCCAGGGAGAGAGGAAAGGUCAGGAGAACCUGAAGAACGACCUCGUUAGAAGAAUCAAAAUGUUAGAAUAUGCCCUCAAGCAAGAAAGAGCAAAAUAUCACAAGUUAAAAUACGGCACCGAGUUAAACCAAGGGGACAUGAAGAUGCCCAGCUUUGAAUCCGACACCAAAGACUCGGAGGUCUCUGCUGUUCCUGCCAACAGUCAGCUGACCUGGAAACAAGGCCGACAGCUCCUCAGACAGUACCUGCAGGAAGUGGGGUACACAGACACCAUCCUGGACGUUCGCACACAGAGGGUUCGCUCUCUGCUCGGCCUGUCGGGCUCCGAGCAGAACGGGUCCGUGGAGAACAAGAACCUGCAGCACCUGAUCAACGGGACGGAGCGCCGCAGGGACAGCAAGAGGAGUCCAGGUGAUGUUCUGGAGACGUUUAACUUCCUGGAGAACGCAGAGGACAGCGACGAGGACGAGGACGAGGAGGGAGACCUGAUGGACGACAUCAGUCCAGACAAACACCAUCGAGCCAAGAAACACAAGACCAAGGUGGGGAACGAGGGCCUGGCGUCGGAGGAGGACACGGACACGGAGGAGGCGCUGAAGGAGUUUGACUUCCUGGUGACAGCAGAGGACGGAGAGGGAGCAGGAGAAGCUCGGAGCUCUGGAGACGGAACAGAGUGGUCGGAGCCUCUGCCGUUUCCUACUGGGGGGGGGAAGUCCUUCCUGCUGGGGGGGUCGGACGACGUGAUGGAGAGCGUGCUGGGUCUGGGUGACCUCGCUGACCUCACCGUCACCAACGACGAGACAGACUACAGCUACGACCUGCCAACCAAUAAGGACUCUUCGUUCAGGAAGACCUGGAACCCCAAGUACACGCUGCGGAGCCACUUCGAUGGCGUCCGAGCGCUGGCCUUCCAUCCGGUGGAGCCCUGCCUGGUCACCGUGUCCGAGGACCACACCCUGAAGCUGUGGAACCUCACCAAGACCGUCCCCGCCAAAAAAAGUGCCUCUUUCGAUGUGGAGCCCGUCUACACGUUCAGAGCCCAUGUUGGUCCAGUGCUGUCGCUGGCGAUGACCUCCAGUGGUGAGCAGUGUUUCAGUGGAGGCAUCGACUCCACCAUCCAGUGGUGGAACAUCCCCAGCUCCAACGUUGACCCCUACGACACCUACGAUCCCAGCGUCCUUGCUGGGUCGUGGGUGGGGCACACAGAUGCUGUGUGGGGAUUGGCUUACAGCGGAAUCAAGAACCGCCUCCUGUCCUGCUCGGCAGACGGAACGGUGAAGCUGUGGAACCCGACGGAGAAGAACCCCUGCAUCUGCACUUUCAACACAAACCAGGAACACGGGAUCCCCACAUCAGUGGACUUCAACGGCUGUGACCCCGCCCACAUGGUGGCGUCCUUUAACAGUGGAGACGUGGUGGUGUACGACCUGGAGACCUCCCAGCAAGCACUGGUGCUGAAGGGUCAGGGGGACAGCUCCGUCCCGGGUUCCAAUCACAUCAACAAGGUGGUGAGUCACCCCACGCUGCCGGCCACCAUCACCGCCCACGAGGACCGACAAAUCAAGUUCUACGACAACAAGUCAGGUAAAGUGAUCCACGCCAUGGUGGCCCACCUGGACGCAGUGACCAGUCUGGCAGUGGAUCCUAACGGGAUCUACCUGAUGUCUGGCAGUCACGACUGCUCCCUGCGUCUCUGGAACCUCGACAGUAAAACGUGCGUUCAGGAGAUCACGGCUCACCGGAAGAAGAGCGAGGAGGCCAUCUACGACGUGGCCUUCCAUCCCUCCAAGGCCUUCAUCGCCUCCGCCGGGGCCGACGCCCUCGCCAGGGUCUACGUGUAGACGAGGAGGAGAGGGAGCAGACACACACCUGGGGCGAGAGACUCAGACGGGCUGGUCUGUUCACACACUAAAAGGAUUCAGGUCUGUUCAGGUCUCUGAACACAGAAUAUAUAUUAAAGACUGGAGGUGACGAGCAUCUGGACACACACACACAGACACAAACAGACACACACAGACCCACACACAGAGGCUGAGCGCUGCGACCGAGUGAAGAGACCCCCCCCCCCCCCCCUGUGUGCUGGGUCCCACAAGUAGCUCUGAUGACACUACAUGGAGCCCCCCCACCCCCCCACCCACCGUGAGCAGACGUCAAAGGAGUGAAAGGAAAAAUCCCUCAGAUCUCGUUUCUGUGUCUGUGGUUCUGUCUGUUGUUGGUCUUGAUGUUGAAAGGAUCCACCAGACUCCCAGUUGACUCCCAGUUAACUCCCAGUUACGAGCGUUAACGUCCGUUGUGGAACACCAGUGAGUCGGCUGCUCUCCUGAAGAGGGACUCCCCCACAGCUUUGGACCCUUCGAUGGAUCGUGAUGGAGAUGUGAUGACUGACAGCAGCUCUGGACUGAAACCUGGUGUCGCUCUCACCUGCUGCUAAAGGGACUCACGUCGUUUCCGGGGGGGGGAUGUUUCUCUUUGUGAACGCAGCCCAGGUUUGAAGCUGCUUCACCUUCACACCUCGAACCUGAAGGAGCGACCAGAGGAACAUCUGAGGAGCUGCUCUGGAUUCAACACGGGAGCAGAUCAUCGGAUUCUAACCCGUCGUGGUUUCUCUGUAUUUACGUUUUUUAACAAUGAAUCUGAACCAAAGCUUAGAUUUUAUCCUGCAAAACCUUUUACAGUGUUUUUAAAGAUUAUAAAUUGAGAUGAAAAACAUCAUCUGUGGAUUUAGUUCAGAAACUUAACGACGACCACGUCGGGUCAGACGUCCGAUUGUCUGUGGCCGUUUGUCUCCCUGACGAGGUGUCAGAUGAUUGGUCGAUUCGUUCCCACCUCAGCCCCUCGUGGGCCAAUCAGAGCCCUGCGUUUAAACUCCACCCAUGUGAGAGCGAAGCAUUCAGUGGUUGAGCGUUGUUGUUUUUGUUUGUGUAAAAUAAAUCUAGUUUUUAUAAUCCCUUUUUUAUCAGCGUCUCGUUAACGGCACAGAGGAGGUUCCUCUGUCAGAAGCCCCGCCCACCUCCCCCCCCCCCCCCCCCCCCGGUAGACACACACUCACAUGUUGGUUAAGGUGAGACACUACAGGCACAAACUAAUUUCAUGCACUUCUCAUUUUAGCUUUUGCUUCUUUUUUAAUAUCAGACCAGUUGAAAGAAAACAUCCAGAAAAGGCUUUUAGGUUUUAAUUUGAAUAAAUCACAAAUCUCCACUUCAGCUUCGCUUCCCCUCACCAGUCAAACCAGUUUGAUCCUGUGAAUGGUCCCAAGGUUUGAUUCAUAGGUUUUAUUCAUAAACAUGGCGCACCUUGUUUGAUCUCUGAAGUCAUUGAAACGGAUCCUUCUGUAAAAACAUGUCGACAAAACCAGCUGAGGAGUUUCAACCAGAUUAAAUAACAAGACCUCAUUUGCAUAUUUACACAAGUUCACAAACUGUCGAAUCCAAAGAAUUCUGUUCCUGUCAGAGACGAACUGGGGACGUUUAUUAAACUGUUCACACCGGUUUGAUAUGAAGAGACACAACAAGGCAAGUUAAAGUAACACAAGUAGUAACACAACUGGUUGAGCACCGCUGCCUCCUGCUGGUCAACAACCGAAUCGUCUGUUUGUGUACCUGUGGAACCAGUGGCAGAGUGGACGAUCCACUUCCUGUUUACGUCUCCGGUGUCUUCAGUGUGGACGGAGGGGGACUCGGGUCCGGAGCUAGAACCUCGUGUGAGGAAUGUGUGAGAGACGAAGACGUGAGGACUGAAGCUCCUCCUCCUCAGCGGCUCCCAGAGGUCGGACUUGCCACCGGGUCCCAACUGAUUUUAAUAACUUUUAUUAAUAUAAAGAAAAGCUGAUAAAAUCAUGAUGAGGUAUUUGGACGUGUUGAAACCUCUCAGCUCGUUUAGAAACACUUAAUAAUCCGGGGAAUAUUUGGCUUUACAGAGAACCUGAACGCACCACGGUCACUGCUGUGCAUCAGGCGCUGCCUUCAGGGACAAUCUGCAGCUCUCCUGCUCUUCCUCCUCCUGCUUCUCUUCUCCCUCCUUCUUCUCCUCUUCUAUCUCCUGCUCUUCCUCCUUUUCGAUCUCUUCUUUCUCUUCCUCCUGCUCCUCAUCCUCUUCCUCCUCCUGCUCCUCUUCCCUCUCUCCUGCUCCUCAUCCUCUUCCUCCCCCUGCUGUUCCUCCUCCUCCUUCUCUUCCUCCUCCAGCUCCUCACCUUCAUAUCCCUGUGAUCUUCUCUCUUCACCGUAGUUCUUCACUGGUCAGUUUUAGUUUCUGGUUUGUUUUCAUUUCAUUUUUCUAACGGAAGGUUUUUGUAACUCGGCUUCUGAUCGAUCACAACUCUUUUUGUUUUAGUUUGAUCUUCAACCAGAUGUGUAACUAAAGACUUUUUGUUUGUGUAAUGCAUGAUUAAUACAAAAGUAUUUUUUCUAAUCUUCCAAAAAAUGGAUAAAAACAGUUCUGAUCAGUUUGCGAGUUUUGAUGAGUUUUGUAUUUUUUUUUUUUUUUUGAUUUACAAACUAUGAAACAACAGAUUUUAAAGAUUGUACCACAAAGCAGAAUACAACUGUUGAAAUGUAUAUAAAAUGUCUAUAAUAACUAUUAAAUGGUGUAACUGUA